AUGUUUGCCAGCAGGAGGAAGCAGCACUACUGGGCUUACUCCAUGGACUGCAGCGGGAGCGAGGCUCACAUCUCCAGCUGCAAACUGGGCAGCCACCUGGCCGUGGGCGCGGGGAAGAACGCGACGUGCGAGAACGGGCUGCCCGCCGUCGUCAGCUGCGUCCCCGGCCGGGCCUUCGCCCCCAGCAGCCACAGCGGCUUCCGAAAAGCCUUCAGGCAGGAGCAACCACUGGUGAGGCUGAAAGGAGGAGCCAACACGGGCGAGGGACGAGUGGAAGUGCUGAAAAACGGGGAGUGGGGGACGGUUUGUGACGACAACUGGAACCUGGUGUCGGCCAGCGUGGUGUGCCGGGAGCUGGGCUUUGGCAGCGCCAAGGAGGCCAUCACAGGAGCAAGGCUGGGCCAAGGGAUGGGCCCAAUCCACCUGAACGAGAUCGACUGCACAGGCUUUGAGAAGUCAGUCACGGACUGCAAGUUCAACACCGAGUCCCAGGGCUGCAACCACGAGGAGGAUGCUGCUGUGAGGUGCAACGUCCCCGCCAUGGGUUUCCAGAACCAGCUGCGCCUGAGCGGAGGCCGCAACCCCUACGAGGGCAGGGUGGAGGUCCUGGCCGAGCGCAACGGCACCCUGAGGUGGGGCACGGUCUGCAGCGACAACUGGGGCACCGUGGAGGCCAUGGUGGUGUGCAGGCAGCUGGGGCUGGGCUUCGCCAGCCACGCCUUCCAGGAAACCUGGUACUGGCACGGGGACGUGAGCGCCGACAGCGUGGUCAUGAGCGGGGUCAAGUGCUCGGGGACGGAGAUGUCGCUGGCCCACUGCCGGCACGACGGAGCCCACGUGUCCUGCCCCAGGGGAGGGGGCAGGUUUGGAGCUGGGGUGUCCUGCUCAGAGACCGCCCCCGACCUGGUGCUGAACGCGGAGCUGGUGGAGCAGACGGCCUACCUGGAGGACAGGCCCAUGUUCAUGCUGCAGUGUGCCCUGGAGGAGAACUGCCUGGCCAGCUCUGCUGCCAACACCUCCAUCACCUCGGGGUACCGGCGCCUGCUGCGCUUCUCCUCCCAGAUCCACAACAACGGCCAGUCCGACUUCCGCCCCAAGAACGGCCGCCACGCCUGGGUCUGGCACGACUGCCACCGGCACUACCACAGCAUGGAGGUUUUCACCCACUACGACCUCCUGAACCUCAAUGGCACCAAGGUGGCCGAGGGACACAAAGCCAGUUUCUGCCUGGAGGACACGGAAUGUGAAGCAGAUGUGCAGAAGCAGUACGAGUGUGCCAAUUUUGGGGAGCAGGGGAUCACCGUGGGCUGCUGGGACGUGUAUCGGCACGACAUCGACUGCCAGUGGAUCGACAUCACCGACGUCCCACCCGGGGAUUACCUUUUCCAGGUCGUCAUCAACCCCAACUACGAAGUGGCCGAGUCGGAUUAUUCCAACAACGUGAUGAAGUGCCGGAGCCGCUACGACGGGCAGCGCAUCUGGAUGUACAGCUGCCACAUAGGUGGUUCCUUCAGCGAGGAAACGGAGCAGAAAUUCGACCACUUCAGCGGACUCACAAAUAACAGAGUGGCCACCCGGUAAUGGGACCCCCCCUCCCCACUAUUUAAAGAAGGCAGGACUCCUGCCUUGCUCCUUCCCAAACCACUGCACCACCAGGAAAUCAAGGAAACGCUCCAGCUCCGAAUCUCCAGGUGAAUUCUCUCCUGCAGACGCCUUCGCUCCCCACCCCUCCUGCGGCCCCGGAGCCCCAAACCCUCCUUGGCUCCGUGUCCUCCCCGCUCCAACCUCCUCCAGAGGCUCCUCCCUCCACUCUGUGUCCCCUCACAGCCGCCUUGCCUUCGUUUGGGCACCAACAACCCCAAAAAGUGGCUUCCCCCUUCGCUCUCAAGGCCUUCAUUUGGCAUCUUCGAGCUCUUUUCCACGCCCCGAACGUUUGUGCUGCUGCUUCUUGCACAGCUCCUCCUCCUCCUCCUCAGGCAAAGAAAUACAAA